GUGCACUAGAGACAGCUCCCACUGUGAGAACAUUGCCACUACAUCUCCUCAGCCCAAAUCGGCCAAUCUCCGCUCCACCACCCCCUCGGCCUUCCAGCAGAAGCUAUCACUGUCCUUAACUGCAGCAAUGGUCAGAGAAAAGACAGAGCGUGACUAUCGCCGGGAGGCUGCACGUCCCGAUAAACGGACCCGAGAGCUUCUUCGACAACAGCACGAAAGUCCGGGAGCUAAAGGAUCUGCAAGCCGAAAAGGGAGUCACAAAGGCGUCAAAGGCAAGAGGAACGGUGCGCUCCAGGGAAAGGGCAAGGGUGGCUCUAGCCGCCCUCCCUCUCCGACCACUCCACCUCCUGGAUUUUCCGGUGUGGGACAGCGAGCCAGGCCGCCUUUGACACUAUUCUCCCGUCGUGCAUCUUCUUCUGAACCACUGAGCCCUCGAGAACCGCCAUACCCGCCCCCGGUACAUGAUGCCGGCGAAGAGGAAGAGGUUGAAGUGGAGGUUGAAGCGGAGGGAGCGACAACCUCUGCGAUUCCACAGCCUGCCACGCCGUCAGGUUCGGGAGAACCGGCUCAAACCAGUCCAGAGGAGAUGAUCCCUGAGACUCCACCUCCACUUCCUCCAGCUGCCACUCUGGAUGCACAAGAGGCGGAGCCCAGAUUGGUUGUCAAGUUGGAACCCAGAGAGCCAUUAGAUGCGGCUGAGGAUGCAACGACUACGGCGGUCAGUGGCAAUCCCUCUUCGGGCUCCACUCCGCAUACAGCUGAACAUGGAGCAGCCGUGCUUGUGUAUCCCUCGGUGGAUGGAACACUGGCGGAGCUUGGCCCCCUCUACCGACGAGAAGCCACUGCACCAGAUGCCACUGAUGGCGUGGAGGACCCAGCUGAAUGGCAGGUUGAGGUGGACGGAGUACGUAGACCCCUGCCUGCUAUGCCGGAAUGGAUCAAGGACGCCUUGGCACAUAGACCUACCGAGGCAGCGCCCCUCACAGCCGCAUCAGUUCGCGACGGUCAUGAACCACAGGCUGGUCCGCCACACGGGGCGAAAGCCUCAGACUCGAACUCCAGUACCAGCAUCGCGGUGACCAGAGUCAAAAGGCCGAGAAGUUUCAGUCCAACCCGAGGCAGCCCCUCUGUGAACCUCUCGGCAGGGGCCGAAGCAGAACCUACGGACAAGAAGGAGCACAAGAAGACUUCGAAAAAGGAGAAAAAGAAGGAUGCGAAGAAAAAGAAGAAGACAAAAAGAUCUUCCAGACGCAAGCAUCGCCGUCGUCGCAGCUCAACAGGCUCUACCUCAGACUGCGAAGAUGUGGCACCGACGGCCGCCGAUACAGAAAUCCGUGAGGAGGCCUCUAGCCGACACACUCCUCCGGAAGGCACGGAGGCGGCCGCUGAUCCCAGGCCUGCUGUACAGCUAGUAGAUUCUGCACUAACGCCCACCUCGCCAGCUGAAGGCGAGAGAGACCACUCCAGCAUCAGCGAGCUUGCAUGA